CUUUACACAGAUUGCGCUUUUGCAGUGUGGCCGAAAAACAGAAAAAUGCCCUAGAUCACCAAGAAAAUCCCAUCUCGUUAAAGAUUUUACGUUAAUAAACAAUAAUGAUGUCAAGAUCGAAAUCAGCAAGUAGUUUGGUGAAUAUGGAGGGGGCGACUGGUUGGGAUUGGAGAAGCAACACCCCUCCCGGCGGUAGAGAUUGGAGAGCGGCGAUUUCUACCCCACUAGCAUACAGAAUAGGGAAUUCUACCGUUCAUUUUAGACCCCAUCUUAUAUUAGUGUCAAGUAUUAUUAUUGUUGCAAUCAUUCUUCUCUUCUAUUCUUCAUUUGGAGGAAGGAAACGAUCCAUCCAUGUACUCAGAGAUAAUCUGGAACAUGAUCAUCUUCACACUGAGUUAAAUACAAGAUAUCCACUGUCUGAUAUCCUAUACUCCGGGGACACCAAGAUAUACAAGAUCGCAAUCAUAUCCGACCUCGACACAGACUCAGCGGCAGGAGACAACAAGUGGAAGAGCUAUCUCAGGUACGGAGAACUGAGGAUAAAGAUGGAUUACUCCAGGGUUGAAGUGAAUACUAGACUAAUAUUGUACUCUAUUACUCUAUGUAGGUACGGAGAACUGAGGAUAAAGAUGGAUUACUCCAGGGUUGAAGUGAAUAUACCAGAGAAGAGUUUAGAACUGUUCUCCAACCUGGGAGCUGGAGGUAGAGGAAUGGAACUAUCAGAACUCAGUGUGUACAACGGUAAACUGUACAGUCUAGAUGACCGUACAGGCGUGGUUUACCAAAUCCAAGAUGGCGGUGUUAUACCCUGGUUAAUUCUAUCAGACGGUCCAGGGAAUCAAACCAAGGCGUUUAAAUCUGAGUGGAGUACUGUGAAGGGAGAUGACCUGUGGGUUGGUGGACUAGGAAAGGAAUGGACUACCCAGGACGGGAAGGUUCUUAAUACACAUCCUAUGUUUGUCAAGAAAAUAAACAGGAAAGGUGAGGUGGAGCAUAUAGACUGGACGGACAAUUAUCUUGCUCUCCGAGAGACCCUUGGUAUUUUACCUCCAGGAUAUAUGAUCCAUGAAGCUGUAUCCUGGAGUCCAGCUCUAGAAAGAUGGGUUUUCCUGCCGAGACGAGCAAGCAAAGAAAGAUAUGACGAUGUGGAGGACGAACGACGCGGGACGAAUCUCAUGAUUUUAGCGGACGAAAACUUUCAGCACAUAGAGUCCAGAACUGUUGGAGAAAUUGUUCCAACCCACGGAUUCUCUUCCUUUAAAUUUCUUCCUGGAUCAAAUGAUGAGAUAAUUAUAGCUUUAAAAUCUGAGGAGUUUGAAGGGAAAAUAUCAUCAUAUGUCAUGGUUUUCAAUAUUCAGGGUAAAAUUUUGCUCCCAGAACAGAAGAUUGCAGAUAAGAAGUUCGAAGGGAUUGAGUUUGUCUGAGAGAGAAGAUUUAUGGAAGCUCUACUUAGGAUUUAUUGUUUUUAAAGGACCGGUUAAUGUCAUUUCAAAUAACUCGACAUUUCUUGUGUGAAAUGUCCAAUUCACAAUGGUACCCUUAACACCUUAGACUUAUCAAAAAUGAAUGAAAUAAUGGGAAAAACUCUUAGAGUUAAACACAUUUUCAAACCAGAAAACGACGAUAUCUUUCUCAUUGUUGAUCAGAAACAGGUUUAAAAGGGUACCGCUUGUUAAUCGGGCAUGCCUUCUUAAAAUUAAAACAGUCACUUUACAAAACACCCCUUAAAAGAUCAGGGUUAAAGUACAUGUACUACUACUAGUAAUGUGAUAUUGAAAAAUCUAGAUUUUUUGUUAUUUUUUAAAUUCUAAUCCAUAUUGGAUAAUGUACUAAACACAUAAAAAUUUAUUUUUAUCAUACCUAGGAAUUUAUUUAUUUUAUUUUUAUUAAUUUAUAUAUUUAAAUAGGGCUUGUUAAUUU